CCCUUUUCUUUUUCCAGAGGCAAAGGAGAGUCCAAAGCAAAGCUGAAGAGGUCCCAGAGUUUUGGGGUCGCCAGUGCAAGCAGCAUUAAGCAAAUUCUUUUGGAUUGGUGUCGCUCAAAAACCAUAGGAUACAAGCACAUUGAUCUGCAGAACUUCUCCUCGAGCUGGAGUGAUGGGAUGGCAUUUUGUGCCCUUGUGCAUUCUUUCUUUCCGGAAGCCUUCGAUUACAAUGAGCUUGACCCAGCUAAUCGCAAGCAAAACUUUGAGCUAGCUUUCACCAUGGCUGAGAAACUGGCUCACUGUGACCGCCUGAUAGAAGUGGACGACAUGAUGGUGAUGGGUCGGAAGCCGGAUCCCAUGUGUGUUUUCACCUAUGUGCAGUCACUGUACAACCACCUGCGUCGCUUUGAAUAAAACCACAGCCACCUCUCCAGCUGGGAGGAUUGAGUCCAGCCCUCUCCUGAGAGGACUCUGGCCCUUUGCGAAUACAACACUGCCAUUAUUUCUUGUCCUUAAGCUUGUUACCAUCCCUCCACUUGCAUUCAGCUGUGUCACUGAUUGAAUUACUGCCAAGUAGGGCCCCAAAGUGUUGAUCACAGCAGUGGGCCAAUGCCAUAGAAGAAAAAGCAGAAAUUGUCAUUUUGGUGCUAAUUAGGAGUUGUUUUAAGUGCCCCGUUGAUAAAAGAUGGAAGGAAGCUAUGUUGUAACUCUUGUCACAGUCAAGUUGGGGGACACAGCUUCACAGGGUGAGGGUGCUUGUGCUACACAGUUGCUCUCUCCUAACACAAGAGUGCAAUACCCGCAGGACAGCAUUUGCAUUCUCUACCUCUCUCUCCAGCACAACAUAGAGCCAGCAGAAGGCAGAUUAAGCCCUAGCGUUAUAAAGGAAGGGAAGUGCUGCUCUAGUAAAUGUGAAGCUGUAGGAUUAAACCAUUGGCGCCACAUCACCUGCCAUAAAGUGAACACGUUGGUUUGAUGCUAUUAUGCGUGUGCAACAUGCCAUCCCCUGGGAGGGGUCAUUACACAACAGUGGCCCUUAUGGGGAUCCGAACUGCGUUACCAAUACACACGUCUCCCAUGUAAGCUAAAGGAAUUGCUCGCUGCACUUGUCACAUUAGUUGGCUCUAACCCCUUGUGUAAGGGGAGCACCGCCACUUAGCCAUUAUUGGCAUUCAGAUCCCCAUCAAGGCCAUCACAGUGUAACAAGCUGCACCACUGUGGGUUAAUGAGGAUCAGACUUAAAACCAUUUGCCCAGGUGGUGCGUUGAACCAUGUGCAGAACAGCCUGGUUUCACUCGUGGUCAAGGAGGCACUUGGAGGUGGGGUUGGUCGUUUAAUGCAUGCGUCUGGAUGUUUACAUAAAGGGGAGGUUAACAACUGCAAUUCAAUGCAGGCAGCAAGGGAAGAAAGGUGCCCAGCAGUGUGCCUCAAUCCUGCCGUAGGAGAGAGUAGCACUAAGAUGUGAGAGAGGAACUCAGUCUCCAUGCUGCCAUCGGUGCUUGGCCGCUCUGCUGCAGUAGCCAGCCAAGGCACCGCUCAGUGUGAAGGGGGCAGAGGUUCUGAAAUCAGCAUUAAUGCCGUUAACUUAAAUGGGGUGACUCCAGAUUUACAGUCGUGAAAGAGAGAUCCAAUUUCACGCUGUAGUUCCUGCCUACUAGAGCAGCAGGGAACACAUUGACCAUACAAGAACUUUUUUUUUGUUUUAGUCCCCAUGUUCCCCUCCUCUUCCCUAAGACCAGGCUCAUCGAAUAUAAAAUUGCCAGGCAAGCUAAUUGCUCGUGCUAAAGAAUGGUUUUUACCUGCUCUGUUUACGUGCGCCUUGCAGAUAUUUAUAAAGAUGAUUUUGGUUCUGUAUCGAUGACCAUUUAUAAUAAAACAUAUGCCAAA